AUGACAACACAUUCAGCUCAAUACUUCAAUAUCAAACUGAAUCAGAUGAGGCUUACACUCUUAAUAGGGAAGACCUACAGAACAUACAAAAGAUACUUGAACAACAACACACCAGAUGUUGUAAUUGAGGAAAAGUAG